AUGAUCAAUGCAAGACGGCGCCCGUUGCACACAUGUGCGGUUUCAAUCUUAGUGAUAUCUCACAGAGCCUUCACCAUAGCCCAAGGUUUCAGUGGACCCUUAGGCUUCAUAGUAAAAUUUGCAGCCAGAGUGGCUACAUUGGGCGGACCCUUGGCCUAUGCCUUGCAAUACCAAUGGAUCACCAUGGCAAUCCUCUCCUUUAUCGACAAUCGAAUUUUAGCCCUUGAAGACAUGGUCGAGAGAUUCUACCCUCCAUCCCACAUUGUGUUUAACAAGAUCGAUGAUCUGGUUAGGGUCACCGAAACCCUACCCGGAAAAUUCGAUAAUGUCGUCAGCAAAAUCCCCGCUUGCGUCAGCCAUGUUUCGUUUUUGGAUUGGACAUUGGUUCGUGCUAUUUCAUUGCUGAAUUUUGUGGUGGCUACAUUAUUGAGUUAUUGGAGAAUGUCAAAGGGUACAAAGGAGAAGGAGAUUAAGGUUGAUACAAGCAGCAAAGUUGAACGCAACAAUGAACCGGGUUUUGUUCAUGAAGCAGACGGGCCUAAAGAACCCUUAACCCCAAGUAAUAAUAAUAAAUGUGCAGGUGGUGAUCAGAUUGAUAAGGGUAAUAUUAUGUCUCCUCGUCACGUAGGUGUUACCAAGGGUGCUACUUACAAGGAAGUACUUUUACAGAAGGCAACAAAUAAGGCAGGGGUUGAAAAAAAAGAAGAGCAAAAUAUUAAUAACAAGGAAGAAGUGGAGAGCUCAAUUGCUGAUGAUGAUGAUGAAAGUGAAACCAAUUCUAAGGAUGAUGGGCUCCUAGAAUUGUUCGAAUCGGCAUGGCUUAUGACCUCGCCCGGAAGAAACGCAAGUAGAAACUACACGCCGCGCUCUCUUUCAUUCACUUAUUAACAAAACUAUAGCAAACAAUUCACCACUCUUUUUCAUGAAUAACACAUUUUAUAAAAAGAAAACUUCAACAAAAUAUGCUACUCUGGGAGGAGGGCAUUUAUACAUUUUUGCUAGUUUUGUUAAUGAAAAGACAAUAAAUGUAUAAUGUUUUAGAACUUAGUGAAUUUGUAAAUACAAAAAUGGCAGUGUGGUUUGGGCGCAGCCAAAAUGUAAGUGUAUAUAUAAACCUUGGAAGUGAGUAGGAUUUGCUUGUUUUAAGUAGAGAAUUGAAUCAGUUGGUUCUGUAAUCUUUACUG